AGUCGGAUCAACUGAGAUAAACGGGGAGGGGAGGCGAUGGAGAAUACGCCCCCAGUUGAUGGAUUUCUGGAUCAGGAAGAAGAUGUUCGUCUCCAUAUCAACAAGUGGUCGCCGCGAGUGCCUAGCUGUGUAGGCUAUCCUAUCUGGCAAGCACCGAAUAGGUAUGAAAGGAGGGCCGAGCUAGUCCUCAAACCCUUUGAAGAAGAGGAUCCUUGUGGUGGUAAGGAUGUUCAGUGGAUGGUGGAGUUAGCAUUGGCCAGCUCGCAUAGCCUGGUGGAGGAUAUGAGGACGAUUGAGGAAGGACCUGGCCAGGUAGAACGGCAUGAGGACCUGAUGGGAGGAAUGUAUCUCCUCGUCAACACGUCUGACUUUACGAAGACAGCCAUCCCAAGAGGAGGGAAGGGGACACGGCCGCCUCAGAGGCCGUUGGGAGCAUCACGAGGAUAUGAGCAGCAUGGGCCUCGCCAUCGAGAGAGUACUCCUGUGUACGAUGAUGGGGACAUCGAGCUAUUACAGGACAACUUUUGGGAUCAUGCGAGGCGUAUGGGCUGGACCAUGGCCCAGGCGAUUCAGAGGCUGAGGGGAGCAGGCAGGUUCGAGGAGCCCAUUACCAGGAUUCGUAGGGAGGCGACGACGAGGCAGGAGGUGGAGACGAGGAUGCAGGAGCUGCGACCUUCACUUGUUGGACCAGAUGGCAGGCCGAUCCGCCUAGAGAUCGGAAAUGCGGCGGAUUUUAUUCCUGCCUUCGAGUGGUUCAUGCAGGGGCAGGGUAUACCGAGAGAUGAAAGGGCGAGGACACAUCUAGCAGCUUAUGCCCUGGAGCACCCAGACCUGGAGGAGCCAACACCUGCAGAGCCACGCCAGGAGCCCUGCCAGCCCGACAAGGAGAUGGAAGCAGAGAUCCCAAAGAGGGUCGACCUCCGCACGAGGGAAAGGGCGUCAGCUGGGGAGACGGCUGAAGAAAAGAGGGCGAGAAGAACCAGGCGGAUAGAUGAGAUAUGGCAAGAGAGGCAGAGGUUGGAGGCAGCGGGGGAGCUUCCGGAGCAGCAGCAGGAGAGGCAGAGGUCGGAGGCAGCGGGAGCACUCCCAGGUCAGCYWCCCWGCGCGCCAGCUAGGGCCCCGGAGAUCCCAGAGAUGUGGAGGGACUUCUGGGAGCAGAGAGGAGAGGAGGUUCCUUUGCCAGUCAAGGCCAGGUUUGGGGUGGCAAGGAAGGCAGAAAAGAGGUUAGAUCGCAAGAUCAAGUUCCUGGCCAAGACAACUUUUGACCGACACUUGUUAUUGGCGGGCGAUCUAGCAGGGAAGAAGAUAAAGGAAGCAAGCCAUGGAGUACGCCUGGAGGCUAUGGAGAUGGAAAUCCAGGAACUCAGGGCUUUGGUGGCCAGCCAGGCAGCUAUCAUUGAGAGCCUGAGGCAGCAAACCCAGGAAAAGGUGGACAAGCUAGAGAGCAGCAGGCAGGGAGAGCAGAGGCAGCCAGAACAUGGGUUGCCAGGACAACCAUCUCCAGCAGAGCCUCGCCAGGAGCCACCUAUGGGGAGAGUUAUCCUGGAACCAGAGGAGGCGAGAACCCAGAGACAGGCGGAGGGAGAGGCGUUCGAGUUCAGAGCCCCUACCGAGCUCACGACGAUGCCAGUAGCAGCGGCGGGCCCAGUUGUACCUUUGGCAGUUGAGGAGGGGCUAGCACCAUCUAGCAGUGAGCCGGCUCAGGGCUCAGCAGAGGGAUCCAUGGGCGUGCUCCUUGAGGCGGUGCAUACUAUGCAGGAGGAGGUGAGUUUGUUUUCACCCGAGCAGAGGAUAGAGGAGUCUCUUGAGAGAGAGAUGGGGAUUGAGGCAGAGGGUGUCAUCGAGGGCGGGCUCCAGAGGAUGGGCACGCCUGAGUAUGGGCCGAAGGAGAUUGAGGAGCAGCCCAUGGCAGCGCCAGGAGAGACACUCGAGAAGAGACUUCAGAGGUUGGACACGCCUGAGUACGUCCCAGCGACAGGGGAUUUGAGGAGCAGACCGGAACCUUGGGCUACCGGAUCUAGGUCUAGGGGACCGGUUCCUGGGACAGAGCAGCAGGAGGUCGUUAAUACCGCAGCUCCUCGAUUUGAGCAGCAAGGGGUUGUCAGUACCUUGGUAGGAUCUCCUUCAUCACCACCUCCUCAGCCCAGGAAGAAGAAGUUCAAGAGGAAGGUUGAUCGGCUAUGUUUCUACUGCAAGAGGGACGUGCAUCAUGCUCUGGACUGUCUCGAGUUCCUUGGGGAUAAGGCAGCAGGGAAGGUCUCAGAGGCAGGGGGUAAGAUGUAUAAUAGACAAGGUAGGAUAGUAGAGAAGUUCGCUGAUGGACUUAGGGCUCAGUUAUAUAGGCAAAACAUGGAGGAGUUGAGGAUGUAGGGUCCGUUUGUCUAUGUAAAUGGGGGAGUAUCUUGUGAGGCAUUAGAGUCGG